AACUCCAUUUUGUCAAGGGUGGGAAGAACCGACACCUGGGGUGUUUCCUUAUUCUUGUUUGAAAGAGCCAAGUAGAUACGUCACUGAAUGGAUGGAAAUAUUUAGUACCUGUUUUGUGGGUUCUAGCGCCGCGAAAGUGAGUUGGUCACGAACGCCUUCGAAGAGCAGUUACAUCCUGUUUUAUCGGCGGAAGCGGCAGUUGCGGUUUCCAGUUAGUACUCCUUGAAGGAAUUCUCGCGAGUAAUCAGCUUAGUCUAAUCUGCGCUGCAUCGUGGAAGAUAAUCCUUUGCAUGUAUAAAUACCAUGCUUGGAACUCAUGCUUCGGCAGGCCAUUCUCUCGCAGCAUCUCAUCUUGAUUUCGUAUCUUAUCGCUGUGAGAACAUCGGGCUCCUUUGCACGGUCUUGCUGGGCCUCUCCUCUGGUCGAUUCAUUCACGGAAGCAUUUGCCGAGAAUUUUUGUAAGUCUCCUUCUCAAGAAUGGCGCCGAUCAAGACUCCAAGGGCAAUUGUGACCGUGAACCCCAACAAGCGGCCAUGGGAGCAGACCGUCCCCCUCCACAACAGAUGGCACCCUGAUAUCCCCGCCGUGGGCGAGGUAGAAGAAGGCGAGGUCUUCCGAGUGGAGACCGUCGACUGGACCGGCAGGCAGAUCCUCAACAAUGACAGCGCCGAGGAUAUGAAGAACAUCGACCUCACCUUGGUUCAUAACCUGAGUGGGCCAAUUCGCGUGAACGACACCGAAGGCAAACCUGCGAUGCCAGGAGAUCUGCUCGUUGUCGAGAUUCUUAACCUCGGCCCUCUUCCUGGUGAUGAAUGGGGCUUCACUGGAAUUUUCGAUCGUGAGAACGGUGGAGGAUUCCUCACUGACCACUUCCCAAAUGCUUGCAAGGCUAUCUGGGACUUCGAGGGUAUCUGGGCGUCUUCUCGUCACAUCCCAGGUGUGCGUUUUCCCGGCCUCAUUCACCCUGGUCUCAUUGGCACUGCCCCAUCUAAAGAGCUGCUCGACAUCUGGAACAAACGUGAGAAGGCACUCGUUGAUGACGGUGAAAACGCUCUUACUUUGGGAAAGCACUUGCACACGCGCCCCCUUGCCCUUCUUCCCCAAACCCAAGGGGCUCUCCUGGGCAAGGUCGAGAAAGGGAGCAAGGACUGGAAAAGAAUCGCAGCGGAGGCAUGUCGAACCAUUCCUGGCAGGGAGAACGGAGGAAAUUGCGACAUCAAGAACUUGAGCAGGGGUUGCAGGGUCUACUUCCCCGUCUUCAUUGAGGGCGCCAAUCUCAGCAUGGGAGACAUGCACUUCUCGCAGGGUGAUGGCGAAGUCUCCUUCUGCGGCGCCAUCGAGAUGAGCGGAUUCCUUGAGCUCAAGUGCUCGAUCAUCCGGGGUGGAAUGGAGCAAUACUUGACCCCCAUGGGCCCAACAAAGCUUCACGUGAAUCCCAUCUUCGAGAUCGGUCCACUCGAGCCACGAUUCUCCGAGUGGCUGGUGUUCGAGGGAUUGAGCGUCGACGAGGACGGCAAGCAGCAUUACCUCGACGCUAGCAUUGCGUACAAACGUGCUGUGCUGAACUGCAUCGACUACCUCUCCAAGUUCGGCUACUCCAAAGAACAGGUAUAUUUGCUGCUAUCUUGCUGUCCAUGCGAGGGUCGAAUCUCCGGAAUUGUGGACGUGCCCAACGCAUGCGCCACUCUCGCAAUUCCUGUCAACAUCUUCGACCAGGACAUUCGUCCUAAGAAGGGAGGACCUCCAGUUGGGCCACGCCUCAUCACCCGUAGUGGCUGCCCAUCUUGCCCUUAUGAAGGCAGUAUUCCCACACAGAAGAACCUCUCCGCCGCUUAGUCGUUCAAUUUCAUUGCGCUGUGCAGAAUGUUCAUAGUUGUUCAUACAUAAAAAAGGAGACUGUCUUCUCCUGUCAUCAGCCUUGCAGAUAGCAUAGUUUCUGAUACAGUAAAAUGAAUAUAACAACGAUUCUGGUUAUUUAACCAUUCAUCUCCAACA